GGUUGCGCUGCAGGAUGGCGCUUGCCCGCAGUGGAUCCGAAUCGCCACCCCCGCAAUAGCGAAUAUCCUACUCGCUCCGCCUCUGUGCUCGCCCCUCCCGCCCGCUGAUAUGAUAUCCAUCCAUUCCAAUCCCACCUCUCCCGCUCCGCCUCCCUCUUCGUCCUCGUCUCCCUCUCGCAGCCGUCCGGCGUCCUCGUCUCGUCCCCCCCAAAAGAAUCCGGACGUGGACUGACCACUCCUUUUCUGGGCAUUUACAUCUCUAAGCUCAAAGAGGAAGGAUUAUGAAAAUGGCGCACUUGAUCACUAACUGUAGUUUCAGUACAUCUCCUGCUGUUCAGACAUUCUCCAGUUCUCCUAAUUACUGCCGCAGUGUUGGCCAAUUACAGAACUCAAAAUCUUCAAAUUUAUCCCUCAAAUCUUGUUCCAGGAGACAAAAGAAGUCAUAUGUUUCCUGUGCUAGUGCAGCCGUACAAGGACAGACACAAACACCUCUUACUGGUAGCCAGCAAGCUUAUGAGCAUUCAUCCUCCAAACCUAAAAAGGUAAUGGUUAUUGGUGGAGAUGGAUACUGUGGGUGGGCAACAGCUCUUCAUCUCUCAAACAAAGGUUAUGAGGUUGCUAUUGUUGAUAAUCUUGUUCGCCGUCUUUUUGAUCACCAACUUGGUCUUGAUUCCCUUACCCCCAUAACUUCAAUCCAAAAUCGUGUCCGUAGAUGGAAGUCUCUCACUGGUAAGACAAUUCAGCUCUUUAUCGGUGACAUAUGUGAUUUUGAAUUCCUCUCGGAAGCUUUCAAGUCUUUUGAGCCGGAUGCUGCUGUUCACUUUGGUGAGCAAAGAUCCGCACCAUACUCUAUGAUUGAUCGUUCGCGGGCAGUCUACACGCAGCAUAACAAUGUCAUUGGGACACUUAAUGUCUUGUUUGCCAUAAAGGAAUACAGUGACGAGUGCCAUUUGGUUAAGCUAGGAACUAUGGGUGAGUAUGGAACACCAAACAUUGACAUUGAAGAGGGGUUUAUCACUAUUACUCACAAUGGAAGAACAGACACCUUGCCUUAUCCAAAACAAGCGAGUUCUUUCUACCAUCUAAGCAAAGUGCAUGACUCCCACAACAUAGCAUUUACCUGCAAGGCUUGGGGUAUAAGGGCCACAGAUCUUAACCAAGGUGUGGUCUAUGGGGUCAGAACAGAUGAAACUGCACUGCAUGAAGAGCUAUCUAACAGAUUUGACUAUGAUGGCGUCUUUGGGACAGCACUAAAUAGGUUCUGCGUUCAGGCUGCUGUAGGGCAUCCACUUACAGUUUAUGGAAAAGGUGGUCAGACCCGGGGAUAUCUGGACAUCAGAGACACUGUACAGUGCGUUGAGCUAGCAAUAGCCAACCCAGCCAAACCUGGCGAGUUCAGAGUCUUCAACCAGUUCACUGAGCAAUUCUCUGUCAAUGAGCUAGCCAAACUGGUGACAGCCGCAGGAGCGAAGCUUGGUCUAGAAGUGCAGACCAAAUCGGUGCCCAACCCACGAGUCGAGGCUGAGGAGCACUAUUACAACGCCAAGCACACGAAGCUCAUUGAGCUCGGCCUGGUGCCCCACCUGCUCUCAGACUCCCUGCUUGACUCGCUUCUCAACUUUGCCAUCCAAUACAAGGAUCGGGUCGACACAGCACAGAUCAUGCCAAGCGUGUCAUGGAAGAAGAUGGGUGCCAAGCCACGGACAGUCUCUGUUUAGAGGGUGAUUCAACUUCCCCUGGCUUAUAGUGUCAACCAACAUUGACAUUAUUGACAUAUGUAAUGUAAUAAUUAUGCACAUUAGUAUGAUGUGCUAGGUAGUGAGGUGUUUAUUACGAUAUUAAAUUUCAUUUUUGUUGCCGGUACAACUGAAGUUCAUGUUUGAUUUUGUUGCCCACUCGAGCUCUUGGUCUAAUGCACCUGAGGGUUAAGCUGUCAUAUGUCGCCAUUCACUGAUCGAACCCUAGUGCAACGAGUGUAGAUCAAGAUCUUGCAAGAAUUGUUAGUAGUUACUAUAAUAGACCAAAUGGAUCCAUGAUUCUGUUCU